CCAUAUGGCAUCCAUGGCACUUUGUUAGAUCGCGGAUCCGCAUUCUCGCUGCUCGAGGCCAGCGUUUCGUGCCUGGCAGAAGCCCUUCCCCGAUUUCAGAGGUAAGAGGACGGGAUCUGGGUGGAUCGGGGCGACGCUCCUCUUCCAAAAUACUUGACGACCUCCGCAUGGUGGGAUCCAAGGACGAUAGUGGCGCUCUGGGUGUGGGGAGUUCACUCGGUAGAAGAUGGAGAAGAAACCCCACUCGGCCAAGGAAGGAAAAUUGACAGGAGAGUUUUGUUCUAGAUUUUCUCACUCACUCGCUCACUCGCUGUUUCUAUGAAAGAUGCAGGGAGGAGAACAACUGGUAGCUCAUUCCCGUCGCUAUGGUCGUCUGUAAAUGUACCCAGGCAAGGAUCGUAGAUUGGCAGAUCCAGGACCGGACUGUCUAUACCGAAGAACCGGCCAAGUUUUGGGAGGCCUGAUCAAAUCUCACAAGAUACUCUCUCUCGAGUUUGCAUGGAGCAAACACAGUUUUGCAUUAUCCUCAAGAACCGUAAAAUCAGAUGAUAAUGUCGCGCGAUCUCCUCUCCAGUAAGAACAUCGACUUGAUCAACGCAGUCAUUCAUGGACGCGAAACGGGGCAGGAUGGACGAGGCACGCCGCAUUUUCGAUUCCAUGGAUCGGCGCACCGCGGCGUCGUGGAACUGCGUCAUCGGCGGCUACGCGCGGUGCGGCCAGCCGGGUCUCGCGCUCCAGUUCUUUGCGCGGCUGGUUGGAUCCAAACGGCCGGAUCUUCGUCACGGCUCUCCAGGCCUGUUCUUCGCUGGCCGCUAGAGAAAAAGGGGUGAGAGAUUUACAGGGGAGGAUCAUCAAGCUCAAGAGCCUCAAGAGAGGCAUGGCUCUUCAUUCCCAGCUUGGUGGAUUCUUGGUGGACAGGUUCGUGGCCAGCGCCCUGGUGGAUUUCUAUGGAAAGUGUGGCAGCGUGAGAGAAGCUCUAGAGAUUUUCCAGGCUGCCAAGUUGGGAACAAAGGACGUGGUUGUGUGGAGUGCCAUGAUCAACGCUUGAUCGCAAGGAGGGGAAGACGAGCUAGCCUUGGAGCUCUUUGAGCUUAUGCUUUUGGAAGAUGGAGCGGAGGCAAAUGCCGGACUCUGGUGGCCGUGCUCGACGCUUGCACGAAUCUGGGAUGGCUGGACAGGGACGGAGAGAUUUACUCGAAGUUUGCAAGAACAGGGGGAUUUCGUCCAGCGUUUUUGUCUCCAACAGUAUGAUGGAUAUGUAUGCAAAGUGGGGGAGAUUGCUGGAUUGCUGGAGAGUUUUCGAUGGGAUGAUAGAGCGGGGAAUUCGGUCUCAUGGAAUGUUAUGAUCAUGGGAUAUGCAAAAGGUGGCGAGGCCGAGCGGGCUCUCGAGUUAUUCACGGCCAUGCAAGCGUUAGACGUGGUCGUCAGCUCGAGAACUUUGGCGGCCUUUCUCCAGGCGUGCUUGGAUAUGGCCGAGAAGGAAGAGGCUCGGCUUGUGGAUGGAAGACUCUUGAAAGUGGCGUUGCUGGAGAAGGCAUUGGCUGGAAGACUCCAAGGACUGAAACCGGACUCGGCAGGCUUUUGCAUCGGUACUUAAGGCCUGUGGGGGCCUUGGAGCACUACAGGCUGGACAGACAAUCCAUCGUCUGAUCGAAGAAGCUGGGGGGCUCCGGUGGUGGCAAACUCGCUCAUAAGUUUCUAUGGUAAGUGUGGUGACAUCGUGGAAUCUUGCCGAGUGUUCGAUGGAGACAAGGACGCAGUGUCUUGGAGUGCACUGAUCGCAGGAUACAGCCGUCAAGGGGACAGUGAUGCGGUGUUUGGUCGACAAGGGGAUGGAAUACUUUCACGCGAUGUGCUUGGACUAUGGACUUAGUCCGAGUGUGGAGCAUGUAAUCUCCAUGGCUGAUCUACUUCGACGUGCUAAUCGGCUGGAGGAUGCACUUGCGGUGGUGGAAAGCCUGCCUUUCCAAUCAUCGCAUUGAAACAAGCCCCAAGCAAAGCCAUCCAUAUCCUGGAGCACACCUCUUCCACAGGCAGCCUUUGAUGCUCUAUCAAAGGUUGACGAUGAAGGUGGUACAGCUUAUGCUCUCAUGGCAAACAUAUACUCAGGCUCAAACAAUGAAAACUAUGACAACCUUGAAGUGAUCGCUGGAUCUUUGUGAUGUCACUUCAAGAAAGUGUGGAAAGAGUUG